UAACGUUACGUUACAAGAUGAACCGCGACGGAAUAAAGCACUUCAAAGUCAAAGGUGGCGUCUCCAAACCUUCACCCGUGGUCGGGGCCUUUUUCGGCUGUUGCACCUCCGGACGAGGUGACUGGGGCUCCCCAUGUCCUCGACAGACGAGCCGGGCGCACAGUCGGACGACCACUCGGUCCUCCCCAGGAUGGACUCCUCCGGCUCGGAGGACAACCAGUUUUCACCCGGAGCCCGAAUUCACUCCAAGUCGUCCGGUUACGACGUGCUAUCUGUCCUGGGUCGCGGAGCCUACGGUAACGUGGUUAAAUGUCGGAAGACCACCGACAACAAGACAGUGGCGGUCAAGACCAUCAAAAACCACGGAACAUCAGCCAAACGGGCUAUAUAUGAGAUUCUUGCCCUGUUAAAAAUCAAAAAGAUGGACGCUGACAAAUGCCACCUGGUGCAAUGGUACAGCAUCUUCAGCAUCUCCGGACAUGUUUGCAUUGAGUUUGAGCUGCUGGACAAAAAUCUGUAUGACUUUGUAAAAGAGCGAAAUUUCCGGCCUCUCCAGCUGAAGGAGAUCAGGCCCAUUGUCCAUCAGCUGGCGGACAUGCUGGACUACUUGAAGGUCUCACAAAUUAUACACGCAGACCUCAAGAUGGAGAACGUGAUGCUGGUCAACCAGUUGCAGCAGCCCUACAAGAUCAAAGUGAUCGACUUCGGUUUGGCCGCUCAGGUGUCCACUGCCAAACAUGGCUCGCUUAUUCAGACACUUCCCUAUCGGUCUCCAGAAGUCCUGUUGGGUGCACCAUUCACUGAAGCCAUAGACAUUUGGUCUGUGGGUUGCAUUGCUGCUUUUUUAUACACAGGGGCUCUGCUGUACCCUGGAAAAAGUGAAUACGACAUGGUCAGGUACAUUGUGGAAACUCAAGGCCAACCUCCAGAUAAUGUACUCGAAGCUGGACUGCAGACCAGCUGCUUCUUCCAGAUGGAGCACAACUUCAGCUGGAAGCUUAAGACACCAGAACAGUAUCAGAAAGAGACCACCUCAGUGUCCAAAGAGACGAGACGCUUUAAAUUCCGGUCUCUUGAUCGCCUUCUUCAUUUCCAGCCGGGGAUCUUGAACACAAGGCACAUUGUCAACAAAGCUGCCAAGACGGCCGAUGUGCAGAAGUUCGUGGAGCUACUGAAAGGGAUGUUGGAACUUGAUGCCACCCAGCGGUUAACACCUCGUCAGGUGCUGGAGCACGAUUUCAGCAGCAUGAGCCAUCUGGAGCCGCUUCAUGACACCAGCUCUCAUGUGCAGUCGUGCUUUCACAUCAUGUCCGUGUGCUCCAACAAGGAACAGUCUCUACAGUCUCUUGGCGGGACUGGAUUCGACCCAUCCGAACUAAACGAGAUGCACGAUGACGAGCCGUGCUGCGGCAGCCCUGCGUCGCCUGAAGUGUACGAAAUCAUGGCCCACGACGAGCGGUCGGACCCAAGCUGACACAGGGAUACACAAGAGGUGGUCGCUUGAUGAGAAGGGACGUGUUUUCGCUUCAUCCCUCUACACGAGUUAAAAUUACAAACUCACCCAGGGAUAGUGGUGGGGCCUUUGUAACCUGUACAAUGUAAUUAACAGGUAACACUCAAAUCAAAAGGUGAAGUCUCACGCUCUACCGAGCUAGCCAGGCAUCAUAGCUUUGCUCAUAGCAAAUUGACAAAAAAAAAAAGAGCUGGAUGUUCCGUACGUACCAAACAAUGUUCUGUCUGAACAAUGGCUGCGUAAUAUUGGAAAAUUCACAUUGCAAUAUGUAUUGCAAUUUGAAAAAAAAUAUAGGAUAACAUACCCGUGACAUGAAAUGUAUAGGAUACCAUACCUGUGAUGUGAAACUCAGCACACAUUUCUUUAACAGUCUAGUUUUUUGGACAGUUAUAAUAGCUUCAAUAUAGAGAAAAAAAUAUAUGUUCAAUCACUAGAACGCAUAAAAGUCUGUCAAAUUACCAUAUUUUCACAUUGUCACAAUUGUAUAGGUGUUAAAAUUUUAAUAGAUGAGACAUCACAUAAAACAAGGCACCUUACAAUGUGGUGCACCUUAUGUGCAUGCUGAGUUCUAACAUUGCAAAUCUUGUUCUGUGACUACGCUUAAACACACUGGUCGCAUGGAUGUCAGCAAGUGUUUUAGUGAAUUUGAAAGAUAUCAUAUGAUGGUAUUCAUGAGGGAAUUUCACAUCUGUAAGCAGAAGAGUCUUACAUUGGCCCACACACUGCCUGUGGAGGCAUGUCAUGGCUGACGAUGUACACACUGUACACAUCGAAACAAAAAUUUAACCAUAACUAGCAAAUAAUAAAACAAAUUAAAAAGUGACUCAUGAAAUAGUGGACUUGAAAUGCUAUUUACAUGCUCCCAGCAUGCUUUGCGGCACUAUGGAAGACCAUCGGGCCACAGAGCAUGCUGGGAUUAUGUAAUUAGCUUUUAACGUGCAUGUUUUUGUGCCAAGUAUUUCAUGAAUCUUUUUGUUGUAUUAUUUGCUAAUUAUGCCAUUCUGUUUGUGUCUGUAUUCUGUCUGUGGUGUGAUCAUUAUAGUUGUGAUGUGACACUGGGUAUGUAGAUCAUCCAGUCCUGUAAUCCAUCAAAAAUAAUCCGCAGAUUUUUCCCAAACCAUUUUCAAAAAGUUUUAAUAAAGUGCAUUAUAUUUAGGUGUGGAUGAAAAAUAAAAAAAUAAUAAUAAUAACAAUACAAUCACAUCUAAUAGUCUUAUGUAGGUCAAUUGAGUGGUAAAAAAGGUUACAUUUGAAAAAUGUACAGGUGUGGUCAAUCAUGCUCUCAUAUAAAUUUGCGGGUGUGAUUAGGAAUAGAAUCUCAAGACCAUAAAAUAAUUUACUGGAUUAAUACAACUGAAUUAAAAAUAAAAAACAAAUACAUAACUAUAUAAAAAUUUGAAACUCAGAAAUGAAGUUACAAUUUCCACUGAUAUUAGUAGAACAUGAUAUAAAACAUUUUUAAAAUUUUUCAUCAUGCACUGGCCUGUUAACGCAAACGGUCUACACCCGCAAUGUUUUGAAAAUACUGAAAGUUUAGUACAACAUAAUUGGCAUCAGUGGCAACAAGCUAGCGAUACAUUACAACAAACAUUCCUGUCGGCAAACGUGAUGUAUUGUUAUAAUUAGCGUACUUUACGGCACUAUCUAUUGUCAAUCCAUUAGAGGCCCCGUAGCUCAGUGGUCAGAGCACUAGUUUGGUAAACCAGGGGUUGUGGGUUCGUGUCCCACUGGGUCCUCCACUCCCGAGAAGGGUUGUGUCAGGAAGGGCAUCCGGCGUAAAAAAAUUCUGCCAAACAUAUAUGUGCGUUCAUCUGAGAUGACACGCUGUGGUGACCCCAAAAGGGACAAGCUGAAAGAAAUGUUCAUCUAUUGUCAAUCCAUUAAUGAAAUCUACAUCUUCCUAAAGCACGUAGAGGGGAAAAGUUUUCAACUACGAGACAACAGUACCACAGGGGAAAAUUACCGCAUUUAGAUAGGGAAAGACUAGUCGAACGUUAGUUAGUGGUGCACACUCAUCAGCACGACUGCCGUAAAGAGGAGGCCGGCUUGCUAGAAUGCACCUUUAUGUGCGUCUGCUUGAUGUUUUGGCCACACUUGAAUCAAACAACAAUGGAUGAUGGUCGAACGUUUUGGGGUUUUUUUGGCACACCAUCAAAUGAGCAACCAAAACUGCCUUGCGAUCCACGCAUUGAGCACCCCUGGUGUAACUGAAUUUCCUUUGACAUGGCUCAUUAUGUCGACUUUCGACAUAGAUGCGCUGUACGUGAAGCGGCUCAGAACAUGUGCUUUUGUCAUCACUUCCGUACAUGCUCAGUGUAGUUAACUUUCAUUUCCUGUUUCUGGGUGAAUGUACUGAUUGUUUAAGAGCAGGCUUGUUUUGUUAACAACAUUUAUGAAAUAAACACGUAAAUUAAUGUCAAGACUACACAAAAUAGGCGACAUCUUUCGAUAUCUAUUUUUUCUACUCGUGACAUUUUACGCAAGUGAUUUUUUGUGCUCGACUGCAGAUUUGAGAGUGCUAACAAAUAUGAGUAACUGCAUAUAUAUAUAUAUCGAUAUGAUAUUUGAUGUCUUAUGUUACACAUUUAUACAUAUAAUAUGGUAAUAUACGCCCUCAACCUGAGCUCUCUGAGCUCCUCAGGGAGGUUGCGUUUUACUAUCGUUAGAGGAGCAUGCUUGUUGCUACUGAGCUAAAGAUCAGAAAUGACUUCCCGUGAGUUUGUUUUAACUUAAACCAAGACAAAAAACGUCGACUUCAACGACUAGUUGUGCAGCUGCUUUUAAAAGAAAUGUGUCAUCUUGUGCCGAUGACGCCGCUAACCCGGAAGUAGCGCGACAGUCCAGAACAACGAUAGCUUGCUUCAAUGGCUUCAGGUUGGUAUCAAAACAACGUGAGCUCAAACUACGCAAUACGAGCGUCAUGGGCACAUUAAAAAAAAACAACAACAAAAAAAACAAGACAGUGCACACAAUUGAAAUGGUUGCUUUUUUGUAUUUAUUUUAUUUGCUUGAGGGAUUCUGUUCUGACAAUUACAGGGACCAGGACAAGUGUGUCCUGUCCCGAGAUUAUAUUACCGCUACAUCAGAACAUGCACAAUGAUUAUUAUUGAUUGUUGUAAGGACAAUUUUUUGAAAAACAAUACAAGUACAAACCUAACAAAAUAUAAAUAGAGAUAAUUUCUAAUAUUUUGAGCAUAUGGGUAGCAGCAAAUAGGUGGUGUACAUUGUACAUUAGGAGAAGGGUUUUCCUGAUUUAGGUCAAUUUUGGGGGUACGCAUUAUCCUCGAGAAGUUACGUUAAAUAACCUGCCUAUGCAGACGGUGCGUGGGGCAAUGUAAACUGCUCUUGUUUAUAGAUGUGAAGUGUAAUUGUUCCUCACUGCCUUGUGAGUGUCAUCAGAUGGUAGGUUACUAACACUAAAUCACGUUCUGGCAUGCAUGCUAACAGUGUAGCCAGUGUGUUCAAGUAAUACAACAAUUGUGCACAUAAGGUAGGCUGUCCAUUUUUGAGGAAACGUAAGACUUAAGUGCAUAUUAUUGUUGCAAAUAUGUAUAUAUAUAUAUGCAUAUUAAUACUCCAUCCAUUAUUCCUGGAUUUUAUAUAAAAUCCAUAAAUAACUGGAGGUCAUUACAUUUACAAAAAAAAAAAAAAAAAAGAGACAUCAGCCUGAUGUCUUUAUUUUUUGGGGGAACAUUUCAGAGAACACAUAACUUUCUCCAACAUUGACAUGCUGCUCGGGCACACAUUUUCCUGCCUACUUUACACCACCCCCCUCUGCUCUUAAAGGGUACACUCAUAAUUACAAAUGUUACAGUACUUCCGCACCCCAUCAAUGUGGUUUAUAAUGACAGCGGCCACCACCGCUGCUUUAGUUAUCAAGACAGUCUGGGCAACGUAGAACAAAGACGAGGUAGACAUGCUGGUUAUGUUUAUGUCUCGAUAAUAAUGGCAUAAGUAAAAAAAGAAAUGCUGUUGCUUUAAGAUGCCAUGAAUGUCAGCGUAUUUGAAGAAGAAAAAGUGAUGAAACUGGAUGAGAUUUUCUCUUUAAGAGUGAGAAAUGUCUGGUCAGAAGCCAAAGUAGAAAGUGCAGGAUGAGAUGGUGUGUAAUGUUAAAAUUCCAUUAUGGAACAGCCUGAUCAAGGAUUAAAGAACAUAACCUGUUUGGGAGCAUCGUUCAGCUUUCAAUAUGCUAAAAAUAUUUUGCAAGCAAUAAUUCAGUUUUACAUUAAUUGGACACUCUAAAUUGCCCCGAGGCGUGAUUGUGAGUGCGGCUGUUUGUCUCCAUGUGCCCUGCAAUUGGCUGGCAACCAGUUCAGGGUGUACCCCGCCUCCUGACCGUUGACAGCUGAUGUAGGCUCCAGCAUUCCACGUGACCCUUGUGAAGAUAAGUAGCAAAGAAAAUGGAUGGAUAAUUCCGUUUUACACCAAGAAAAAAAGACGAGCAUAUCAUUGUGGAUUAAAAAAAAAAAUGUUGGAGGCGACAAAUUUAUAGUUCAUAGUUGGCUUGGUUUGGUUAAUUUUUUUGACAUUUUCAAUGUAUGCUUGCAUAAACACAAAAUUAUCCUAAAAAAUGUUUUGAUGGGAAUAUAAAUGCUGUAAUCUGAGUCUUUUAAUAAGACAUGUAACUUCAAUGCAUCACAAUGAUCUGACCACAGUGCAGAAAAGUCUGGCCACCACUGACUUAUACCCCUUCACAGCCAUUUUUGUUAUUUUACACAUUUUAGCAUACAAUGUGUAUCACUAUUUCUACAUUUGAGUGCAUUAGUGUAUGCAAGUUUUGUGUACUGUCCCCAGUGUAGCCCUAGCCCCCUCCCCUGAUGUUAAAUCUGUUUUGACGCGCUUUUGUUGUAUUCGGAAGAGCGAUAUGUAAAAUGCACGAAUGCAAUUGUUAUCCCUUGCCCUCAUUGUUGGUUAUCGUAUUAUGUAACUUGUACAGUAUGCAGUAUAGCAAUGAUGUUUGGAGGUUUAUAAUUAAUUCCUGUAACAUUGGUGCUAAG